UGCGGUAUAUAAGCCCAGGUGUCAUCCGACCACUGGCAUCAGUUCUUCCACAAACCAACUUCAGUCAACAUGAAACUGUUCAUCAUCGCCGCUCUCUUGGCCGUCGCCGCCGCCGCUCCGUCCGGCUACAAACCCGAGUACAAAGCCCCUGAGAUCGCCAUCGUGGCCCAGUCCGAUGUCCGCAACGUCGACGGCAGCGGCGCAUGGAGCUACGCCGGAUCUGACGGAACCACUCGUGACGAGUCUUACGCCCAGAAGCAAUUGGCCGCCCAGCCCAGCUACGGCAAAGACGCUUACGGAAAAGAAUCGUACGAAUCCGGAGCUGGAAACACCAACAAGGGAGCUUCCUAUUACAUUUCCCCUGAAGGCCAGAAGAUCACUUUGACCUGGGUUGCUGACGAGGGCGGAUUCCAACCCAAGGGUGACCACUUGCCAGUUGCUCCCGUUCACGAAUACGAGCUCCCAGUCGCCCCCGCUCUCCCCUACUCCCGCACUGGAGCUGGAUUCUAAAUAAAAGAUGAGAAAAGAAUCAAACAUCAAAGCAAAAAUGCCAGUCCUAUAAAUCUUCCCCUUAUUCACACACACACCCACCCCAGUUAAAUCGAUGUGGUUUAAUAUAUUUCCUCCCGGUGUAAAUAUUUAUACACGGUGCAUGAACAACAACGUAAAUACAAAUUGAACUUAAAUCUUGAA